AUGGCCGAUAAUAACAAGGCCAGGUCUGCACCUGGCGGAAAUUCGGAGGAAAUUGGAGCGUUUGAAGGCGCUGAUGAGGAUGACCAGGGUUCUGAGCAUGCUGAAUGUGUUGAAGAAAUGGUGUUUCAACAGUUAGUUGCCCCACCAGAAAAUCAAUGGUAUCAUGGAAGACUAGAUAGAAGGAUAGCAGAGAAGAGGCUGAAUGACAGGCAGCAGCUUGGUGACUACUUGAUCAGAGAAAGCGAGAGCAAACCAGGUUCUUACGUCCUGUCUUAUUUUGGAAAAACAGGCAUAAACCAUUUCAGAAUUACGGCCAUGUCUGGAGAUUUUUAUAUCGGUGGCCGUCAGUUUGACACCCUGUCGGAUCUGAUAGGUUACUACACUAAGAUAUCGUACCUGCUUAAAGGUGAACAGUUGGUGACACCUGUACCACCCCCGGAGCCAGUGGAUGACAGACGGAAGGUGAUUGCAAUUUUCCCCUACUGCAAAAUGCAUGACACAGAUGAACUUAGUUUUGAGAAAGGAGAUAUAUUUGUUGUGAAUAAUGAAAUGGGUGACGGUUGGUUAUGGGUGUGGUCUCAGCGCACGGGAGAAGAGGGGCAGGUCUAUGAAGAAUUGGUAGAAGAUCUGAAUGGAAACCUAGAUCCUGUUGAAAGUUUGCCAUAUUUCCAUCCAAAGAUUACCAAAGAUGAAGCUGUGUCAAAGCUCAGACAAGCUGGUCCCAACAGCUUCCUUGUGCGUUCAAGUGACAACUCACCGGGCAACUAUACUUUAUUUUUCUUGUGUAAACAAACUGUACAGAGGUUCAAGAUUGAGAAGGUUGGGCGCCAGCUCAUCAUGGGUGGAAGAUAUUUUGAUGAUAUGGGAAGUAUAAUAAGCCGAUACAAGAAGGAGGAAAUUGUUGAAGGCCAUACUUUGAAUACGCCAGUUACUCGGCCCAAGACUGACAUGCCGGAAAAAUUUCCUCUGUUGGCUAAACUUGAGCACCAGAGUUCCGCCGAGGAUAUUUACGCAUCUAUACGUCUCAGUACGGGGCCCAAUCGUCUGAUGGGUAGGAAGGAUAGGAUAGAAUGUAUUGGCUACCUCCAAAAGAGAAGCAAUAAAAGUAAGAAAUGGAAAAGUUUUUAUUUCAUACUGAACGGAAGUAACAGGGAACUUUGCUUCUUUGAAAAUGAAAAACGCUCAAAAUCAAAAGGUUUAAUAGAUUUAAACUACAGUGAACUUUAUCCAGUUGAUGACAGCUUCUUUGGCAGGCCCAACUGUUUUCAGCUGGUCACAAAUGCCUUACAAGAUUAUCAAAUAUAUUACCUAUGUGCCGAAAAUGCAGACCUCGCCACAAGUUGGAUAAACGUACUGAAGGAGCACUGUGUGAACACACAGAUGACGCGGAUACAGAAGAGGUCAACUGUUCUCAAAGAGCUACGUAGUCUUUCAGUGGAGGUGAUAGAAUGUCGAAAUAUCCCUACGAAAUACCUGUCUCAUCCAUUCUGUGUUAUAACCCUGAACAGCGUGAAAGUUUGCCGCACUCGCGAUGUGGAUACCACAAAUCUUUUCUGGCAAGAGGAUUUCACACUUGAUGAUAUACCCGGUGAUGUUAGAUAUAUAUCAGUGAAGAUAUUCAAUCACAGCAAACGGUCUAAAGAUACAGAAGUUGCCCAUAUAACGAUACCACUCGUAGAGUUUGAUAACGGAGAGCUCAUUGACAAGUGGUAUACACUACAACCGCAUGCUGCUGUACGAUGUGAUAUGGGGUCCAUUCGACUACGCACACGCUACAUUCACCAGGUCAUUAUGCCGGAAGAACAGUAUACUAGUCUCAAAGAUUUAAUACUGAAUGACUUUGGAAACAUUCUCACGCUAGCUGAAGUGUGUGGGAAUCACCGAGUGUCACUGGCUAAAGCUUUGCUGAAUUUGUUCAGACACGAGAGACAGGUACAGGUGCUGUUGAAAAACAUCAAUGAUUACUAUAUAGCCAAAGAAGAUGAAGUAUCAACAUUAUUUCGAGGAUCUACAUUGGCAACAACAUUAAUGGACCAGUACAUGAAAAUGAUUGGUACUGAGUUUGUUCAUGCAGCCAUCAAAGGACCUGUUUGUAAAAUAUGUGAAAGCAAGCAGAGCUGUGAGUUAAACAAACAGUUUCUGGAUAAUCCAUCAGAAUUGCCAAGCAAUACAGAUCAUUUUGUGGACUUUCUCACUGAAAUGGUCGAGUCCAUUUUUAAAUCCACAGAAAGUUGUCCCAAAGUUUUACGUUAUAUAUGUGGCAGAUUACAAAAAACAGUUUCAGCCAAGUGGCCUGAAGACGAAAGUGUUAGAACAAGAGUAGUCAGCGGUUUUGUGUUCCUACGCCUUCUCUGUCCUGCCAUCUUACACCCAAAGUCUUUUAAUCUGAUCACUGAAACUCCGUCAGAAACAGCUGUAAGAACAUUAAAGCUGAUUGCGAAAGCUUUACAGAAUCUGGCAAACCUUGUCGAGUUUGGUGUAAAAGAACAGUUUAUGACUUGCGUAAAUCCGUUCAUUAAGAACAACAAGGCAAGAAUGGUGGAGUUUCUAGAUAAACUAUCUAAUGUGUCGGAGUGUGUAGAAAUCCAUGAUAAUGCUAUAGGUGAUCUGUCUCGUGAUUUAGCCACUAUACAUCAGAUUUGUGCCACACAUGUUGAAGAUCUCAGGAAACGCUCAGAUUCACAGGUUUGCCACUAAAUGCCUUUAUCAUGAGCAGUUAGAUUAAAGGAAAUGAGGAGUGAUAAAUUUUGGGUUCUGCAAAUGUUGUGUGAUAUUCUCGAAAGAGGAAUUGAAAGGCAUGCAUAAAUUUAAGCACAAACAACAGUGUUUUAUAGAGCUGAAACUUUGAUCUUUUGAAAUAAUUUCACACAAAUGUUCUUUCGGCAGUAGCCAAAACAAACAGGUUUUAAACUUCCACUGACAGGAUAUCAAGAAUAUUCAAACUAACAUUUAUUUUACGAAAGAAAGCAUGGCAAAUUAACAUAACUCGGCUAGCUUCCUCUUCUAAUGUGGUUGAACAAGGCCAUGCAAAUGUUGUGUGAUGUUUUAGAAAGAGGAAUUGAAAGGCAUUCAUAAAUUUAAGCACAAACAACAGUGUAUUUAUACAGCUGAAACUUUGAUCUUUUGAAAAAAUUUCACAAAAUGUUCUUUCGGCAGUAGCCUAAACAAACAGGUUUUAAACUUCCACCUACAGGAUAUCA